GUUGGACAGCAUGCUAUUGCUGUCCAUAAAUCAGUGGCUUCGGAUGGGCAGGUUGUCCUCCAGAGUCACGUGGCCACGCUGAGCAUCCUUCGCAGAUCCAGCAGGCUGCGUGGCGUGUCUUCACUUGAUUACGGUAUGGACCAGUACUGCUGCUGCAGCCGUGUUUAGUCGCAGCAACUCUUGCUUCUAGUUUUUUCUGCCGCUGGACUGCUCUCCGAAAUCUCAGGUUAUGCCACCCAAAAGGCUUCCUGGAUCCCCAACCGUGAAAGAGAAAGGCUGAUCCCCGUCCUUCCCCAGGUUCCUGCUGCUCUGCACCCCAUCUUUCCCCCCUUCCCUCUCCUGCUUAUUCCCCUCUCCCACCUGCACUAACCCCACCCGAGUCCCACAGCUGGCCCUGCCACCCCAGUUAUCCUUCACCUCUAGGACUGUUCGCCCAGUCUCAUCUACCCCCCAGAAAUCCUUCCCCACAGCAACUCCAUACCCAACUCCCUCUUAGUGUUAUUCCAGCCACACUAGCCGUCUUUUCUGCAGGUCCCUGUCCUCGUCAUAGAUCUAUUCUUCACCUGCUGGCUGCACGCCAGGCCCCAUGGCUACAGGAGGUCAUGCCCCAGAGAUAGAUGUGUUGAUCAACCCACCACAACUGAAGGUGGAGGAGGAAGAUGAGGAGGGCUCAGCGGAGGAACAAGAAGAAGAAGAGGAGGAGGAGGAGAACUGGGACAAAGUGCUGUCUGUGGAGCGCUUCGGAGACAUCAUCAGUGACUCUGCUUCCACCAGUGGAGACAGGAUGGGCCGACACUACACUGAGAAAGACUUUGAAUAUCACAGACACACAUUUCACCAUACACACCACCCCUUAUCCACCCACCUGCCCGUGCCCCAGCGUUUACGCAAGAGGGUGCACAGCACGGACAGAAGGCGCAAAAAGAAACGGAAGAAAAAAAAGACGUCUCUGGCCCCCUCCAAUGUUACACCGACCAUCCACGAGGUAGACGAGGAAGAAGCGGAGUCUGAGACCGACGGACAGGGGGUGGCUGCCACACCCACAGAGCUACUUGAUGUCCAGCCACAGUUUAGUUUGGGGAGCCAAGAGGACUUGGAGGAACCCCUUCCACUUACUACCUUUCACAUGGAAAACGAACAACAUCAAUUGUCAACGAAAGCCACAUCCAUUCUGACAAAGGGGGAGACUCGUAAUGGGGAAAUUGCUGUUUUGGGACAGAACGAGGAUGGAGAGGAAGCCGCUUGCAGCAGGUCGGCUAUUACAACAUCUCAGCUUGUUCUGUUUGUACUGCAGACUUACACGGGUUUCUAUACAAGUAGUAGUACAUGUAGGUACUACUAGGACAUUGAUUCAGUUAAAAGGGAGGACUUGUAUC